CACGGGUUUAGCAUCAUGACAGUAAACGCCUUGUUACACCCUCUGGUUAAAUAUCCCAUUUUCCUGCUCCAUAUGUUACACUUUGCCACUGGACUGAGAACACUCUACCUCUGCUACCUGCGGAUUCAGGUUAUAAAUAACACAAUGGACUGGAGGCUUAUACCGGCCAUUUUGUGUCUGAUUGCCACAAAUGCAUCAGCACAGGCUACAACCCCGAGGCCAACUACAAACAGUUCAACAAAUACUCCUCCAGUAGUUGCUGCAGCAUUCAACUUGGCUUUUAGCAUCAAUGAAACCUUUGUUCAAGCCCUGGCCAAUACCAGCUCUCCAGAGUUUGCAGAAAAAGCUAAAAGUAUCUGUAAGCAGCUUGAACCAAUUUACAAACAAAAGUUCCAAAACUUCAUCAGGAUGGUAAUUCACAGUUUCAGGAAUGGUUCUAUUUUGGCAAACUCCACCCUUGAAUUUAGUGCGAAUGGCUCCAUCCCAAAUAACACCAUAGUGCAAGGCACUCUUGUUAAUGCAACUACCACCAACUCAAGCUUGAACAUUCUUGCAAAUUCUGUAAAUGUCACCGAGGUUCCUGCCACAAAUGCAUCAGCACAGACUACAACCCCGAGUCCAACUACAAACAGUUCAACAAACACUCCUCCAGUAGUUGCUGCAGCAUUCAACUUGGCCUUUAGCAUCAAUGAAACCUUUGCUCCAGCCCUGGCCAAUACCAGCUCUCCAGAGUUUGCAGAAAAAGCUAAAAGUAUCCGUAAGCAGCUUGAACCAAUUUACAAACAAAAGUUCCAAAACUUCAUCAGGAUGGUAAUUCACAGUUUCAGGAAUGGUUCUAUUUUGGCAAACUCCACCCUUGAAUUUAGUGCGAAUGGCUCCAUCCCAAAUAACACCAUAGUGCAAAGCACUCUUGUUAAUGCAACUACCACCAACUCAAGCUUGAACAUUCUUGCAAAUUCUGUAAAUGUCACCGAGGUUCCUGCCACAAAUGCAUCAGCACAGACUACAACCCCGAGUCCAACUAUAAACAGUUCAACAAACACUCCUUCUGUAGUUGCUGCAGCAUUCAACUUGGUCUUUAGCAUCAGUGAAACCUUUGUUCCAGCCCUGGCCAAUACCAGUUCUCCAGAGUUUGCAGAAAAAGCUAAAAGUAUCCGUAAGCAGCUUGAACCAAUUUACAAACAAAAGUUCCAAAAUUUCAUCAGGAUGGUAAUUCACAGUUUCAGGAAUGGUUCUAUUUUGGCAAACUCCACCCUUGAAUUUAGUGCGAAUGGCUCCAUCCCAAAUAACACCAUAGUGCAAGGCACUCUUGUUAAUGCAACUACCACCAACUCAAGCUUGAACAUUCUUGCAAAUUCUGUAAAUGUCACCGAGGUUCCUGCCACAAAUGCAUCAGCACAGACUACAACCCCGAGUCCAACUACAAACAGUUCAACAAACACUCCUCCAGUAGUUGCUGCAGCAUUCAACUUGGCCUUUAGCAUCAAUGAAACCUUUGCUCCAGCCCUGGCCAAUACCAGCUCUCCAGAGUUUGCAGAAAAAGCUAAAAGUAUCCGUAAGCAGCUUGAACCAAUUUACAAACAAAAGUUCCAAAACUUCAUCAGGAUGGUAAUUCACAGUUUCAGGAAUGGUUCUAUUUUGGUAAACUCCACCCUUGAAUUUAGUGCGAAUGGCUCCAUCCCAAAUAACACCAUAGUGCAAGGCACUCUUGUUAAUGCAACUACCACCAUCUCAAGCUUGUACAUUCUUCCAAAUUCUGUAAAUGUCACCGAGGUUCCUGUCACAACAAACCCAACUUCAACGCCUCAAAUCGUAACUGCAAUUUUCAACUUGAUCUUCAGCAUUAAUGAAACCUUCGAUGCAGCCCUGGCCAAUACAAGCUCUCCACAGUUUUCAACAAAGUCUAAACAAAUCCGUAACGGGCUUGAACCAAUUUACAAACAAAAGUUCCAAAACUUCAUCAGGAUGGUGAUUCACAGUUUCAGGAAUGGUUCUAUUUUGGUAAACUCCACCCUUGAAUUUAGUGCGAAUGGCUCCAUCCCAAAUAACACCAUAGUGCAAGGCACUCUUGUUAAUGCAACUACCACCAUCUCAAGCUUGAACAUUCUUCCAAAUUCUGUAAAUGUCACCAAGGUUCCUGUCACAAACAGCUCUACAACAAACCCAACUUCAACGCCUCAAAUCGUAACUGCAAUUUUCAACUUGAUCUUCAGCAUUAAUGAAACCUUCAAUGCAGCCCUGGCCAAUACAAGCUCUCCACAGUUUUCAACAAAGUCUAAACAAAUCCGUAACGGGGUUGAACCAUUGUACAAGAAAGCCUUUCAAAACUUCCUCCUCAUGCAAAUCCUAAACUUCAAGAAUGGUUCUAUUUUGACAAAUAGCACUCUGUCUUUCGGUCCUGGUGGCAGUGUUACUGAGGCCCAAGUGAAAGACACUCUUCGCAAGGGACUUGCCAACUUGAACUUCUCUGUUGAUCCAAACUCCAUCAGUGCCACCCAGAUCCUUGGUAAUUCCAUGCCACCAGUGAUUGCCAGCUCACUUUCCAUGAUAUGGCUGUCUCUUCUAUCACUUCUACUUUCAGUGGCAUUGCACUACUAGCUCUAAGCCUGACCAGGAAACAUACACAAUAACUUGAAUAGUGUAUAUUUCUAUUAAACAAUCCAGCAUAUUGUACUGAAGUAAAUACACACAGUUUUUCUUCAUAAAUAUAACAUGUAAGUUUGCUUUUGACAAGAAAUACAAUACUGAAGAUAAAGGGAAUUUGGAGUAAUAUAUUUAAUUCUUCUAAACUAUGUAUAUAUUUACAUGAGAAAUCAAAUAUUUUUAUUUGCUGAAACUGGGGAUUUAAUGAGGGUGGUGACUUGCCUGAACAUUUCUCCACAUCUGAACAGUCUUUCCAAGGAUUAUUGUCUUUCAUUCAUUAAAUUUAGUCAACUGGAACAUUCUUUAAACACUUGUGUAGUUGACAGUAUGUGUAUACAUUUGCUGUAUCCUCAUAUGUAAACCUUCAUGUAACUUCUGUAUGUCACUGUACCAAUUUUAUAAACAUCAAAUAAAGUUUUACAUUUGGUUUGAUAGCCAA